CACUUUUAGCUCCUUGUCGGAAUGGGCAUUCUGAUUUCAUCAAGUCCUUGAUUGAUAUCAUGCAAGAUUGGGGCAUGGUUCCACUUAUUCAGUAAUGGUAAAUGAAUACUGUCAACAAAAGGAUCGCAUUUCUUGUUUUGGAUCAGAUGGAAAAGAAACGACUGAAACCUAACUUUUGCUGUCUACGACUCCAUCAUUAGUUGUCCAAGCAGAGAAAAUAAAAUGUUCGUUUCAGAGAAUGCUUAAAGCUGGUGUGCAUCCUGAUGAAACUGUGUAUAUGACAAUGAUCAAUGCUUACUUCAGGAGUGGAAGCAUUUUAGAAGCCCAUCAAUUGUUUGAGAAGAUGAUACAGAAUGCCUUUCCUCCAGGCUUAGAUUCUUAUACUGCACUAAUAAGUGGGUUAGUGAAGAAUAAUCAGAUUGAAAAGGGAUGUUUGUAUCUUGAUAGGAUGUUGAGAGAUGCUUAACGACAUUGCCCUAGUCAUUGGUUUUUGUAGAAAUAUUAAUGGUGUCAAGAAAAGAUUGUGCCAGGUAACCAGAGCAUCUGCGAGGAUGAGAGAAAGGCUACUCCAGUUGCUAUGUCAAGGCACUUUCUUGCCUAGGAAAAGCAUUUUAAGAUUUUCUGCUAAUUCUCUUGAAGCAUCGAAAUUUUUUGCAUUGAAGCUUAUGUAUAAAAUUAAAGGAACUAGGUUUAUGCCAAAUUUGUACCUCUACAACAGUAUAAUUGCUGGAUUUUGCUGGGCAGAUAGGAUCAAGGAUGCAUACAUUCAGUUUGAAAAGAUGCAGAUUGAGGGCAUAUGUCCAAAUCAAGUGACUUUUAUUAUUCUUAUUGAGGCACACUGCAGAGCAGGUGAAAUUGAUCAUGCUAUAGAGCUGUUUAAUUUAAUGAAUGGAAAUGCUUAUAGUCCCGAUAAAGUUACAUACAACACGUUACUAAGAAGCCUUUGCAAGGCAAGUAGAGAGAUAGAUGCAUUGUCUCUCCCUUUUGGUAUGCAGCAGAGAGGAUUCUUCCCAAACAAGGCUUCGUACGAAAAUUUACUCCAAUUAUCUGAAGAAAUGUUUGCUCAUAAUUAUCUGCCUCGCCAGUAUACUACUGAGUGGUUGCUUCACAUCUUACAUGAAGAGAGAGGCUGCAUGAAGCUCAUAUCGUGUUGGACAUGAUGCAUGACAGAGCCAUGACAAAAUCUGUAGCAGAAACCCACCAAGUGGUAUUGUAAGGACACCAAUUCACUUCUGUAGCCCCGACCAACUUCAGCUAAUCUGAUUGUUAUUCUACAUGUUUAAGAUUCUUGUUCACAAUGGUCAACUUUUUCUAUGUUGGAUGAUGUGGUUGCACCAAAAAAGUAACAUCUAUCCCUUUUGCCAAUCUUUAGAUGCAUUGCUUGACUUAAUGAUUUGAUUUUUGUA